AUGUCUACUCUCUUUACAUUGGCGCUGGCUGUGCUGCCACUAGGUCACCUUGCAUUGGCCGAUCAAGCUCCUUACACGGGCUCCGAAUACCAGUCCAAGGACUUUGGUCUCUAUCCCACACAAACUUACGAGUCCUCGUCCCUUGAGGUGCCAGUCUUCCAGGUCAACCAGGCUGCGGGAAACAAUGUCGAUGCUGCCGACCGUGUAUUCAUCUCUCCCAGAGGUACUGCUGUAGGGCAAAUUGCUCCUAUGAUCUUCAACUCUGACGAUCUAUCCCUCGUGUGGAGUGACCCAAGUUACAAGACUACAUUCGGUGUUCGAGUGCAGGAAUACAAUAACUCGGACUACAUCACAUUCUGGCGAGGAGCCAUCAAGGGCGCUGGUUAUGGAAGUGGCAGCUACAUCAUGCUCGACCACAAUUACAACGUUGCUUACAACCUCACAACCAAAGCCUUGACUGUCGGGGGAGACAUUCACGAGAUUGAGUUGACGGAUGAGGGCACCGCCCUCAUGAGCGCCUAUGAGCCCAUGGAAUACGAUCUCACAGCUUAUAACAUCUCAAAUGGCUGGCUUGCCGACUCUGUCUUCGAGGAAAUUGAUAUCGCUACCAACAACCUCAUUUUCUCCUGGAGAGCAUCCGAGCACAUUGCACUCAACGCUUCGUAUGCCGAUCCUGGUACCACUGGCAUCUCCUCAGACAGCCCUUAUGACUUCUUCCACAUCAACUCUAUCGAGAAGGAUGAUUCUGGUAACUACUUGAUUUCUGCAAGACAUACACACGGUAUCUACUACAUCAAUGGAACUAAUGGCGAUGUUAUCUGGACUAUGGGCGGCAAGGACAACCAGUUUGAGGACAAGAGCGAUGGUCAAGCAACAAACUUUGCAUGGCAGCACGAUGCCCGUUGGCGCAACACCAAUCUGACAGAGAUGACUCUUUUCGACAACGGUGCUGCUGACUGGGUCAAGACUGAAAACGAGACACGCGGUCUCUGGCUCAGCAUAGACUACGAUGACAUGUCCGUCACUCUCAAGCAAGAUUACAUCAGUCCUGAGGGCAUAUUGUCCAUAUCGCAGGGCAGUGUCCAAGUCCUGUCUAACGGUAAUGUCUUCAUGGGUUACGGCAGCAACGGCGCCUUCAUCGAGUAUACCAACGAUGGGCAGGCCAUUUGGGACGUCCAAUUUGGCAUCAUCGGAAACGCAAGCGUUCAAAGCUAUCGUGCCUAUAAGCAAAACUGGCAAGGCUUCCCCAGCUGGAAUCCCAGCAUAUCCGCUGCUGGCAACGGCACCGACAACACCACUGUCUACAUGUCGUGGAACGGUGCCACUGAGAUCAAGCAAUGGGCUAUCCUAGCCUCUAACUCGUCUUCCUCUCUGGCUACUGCCGAUGAUCUGUGGAAGAACGUCACCAAGACUGGGUUUGAGACCAACGUCACUGUAGGCACCAAUGUCCGCUACAUUCGUGCUGCGGCUCUUAAUGCUGAUGGCGAAGUUCUUGGUGCUACUGAUAUUGUCGAUGUCAAUGACGGCUCUGUUGCUUCUGCAGAAAGCAAGGUUGAUAUCGGCACAGGCGACGCGAACACUACUGUUACCAGCUCGUCGUCUGAUCCGGAUUCUGCUUCUGGCUCUAGCGGUAAUGAUACCUCGUCAAAGUCCGACAAGGACAGCGCUGCCGGCUUUACGAAUGCUUCUUCGUCGCUUGCUCUGGGAGUCGCGAUGACCGUUUUCUUCUUGUUUGGAUUGUAA